CAUCCCAGCUGAUACACUAACAUUAAACCUCUGCCAAGCGAACACAAGAGGAUAACUCAUCCCUUCAAUAACAUCAGUGAGAGAGAGGGAAGAGGAGAAAAGGAGGGGCAAAGCGUGAGAUAGUGAUGCUUUCAGCAGGUGCCAAACAGUGAGAGGUAGCUGAUAGAGAGGGAAAGACUGAGAGAAAGAGAUGCAACCAGCCUGUGAGAGCACACAGUGACCCACAGCAUCGGAGACAAGAGAAGAAGACAAAGUAAUCCUGUUGUCAUUGCAGUGUCAGUGUAGUCGUGUCCAGCCAGUCUCCUGCAUUACUGUUCCUGCCCUGCCUCUACUCACUGCUGCCAUGCUGUACCCAGCUCUGCUCUGUGCUGCUCUGCUCCUGAUAGCACCCCUGGGGCACACAGAGGGGCGCACCCUGCACCCCUCACCUGAUGCCAUCCAGUUUGUUGAGCAGUUUCUGGAUCGCUACAACGACCUGACCCUGGAUGACCUGGAGAACCUGGUGAGCAGCCAACCAGAGGAGCCCUCCUCGGCUUUCACUUCCGGGGUCAAAGUCGCUGAGUACCCCAAAUGGGCAGACAUACCAGCACAGGGUGACAGCACCUGGCUCCGCCUCCUGAAGGGGACCCUGGCCAAUCAGAAAAGAGCUGUGAUGGACCGGUCGAGGAGGGGGUGGAACCGAGGAUGCUUCGGACUCAAACUGGACAGGAUCGGGUCAAUGAGUGGACUGGGCUGCUAGUGGAGAGAGGGGAAGGGACUGACGCCCCUCAGGGGAUAUGAGGACGAACACACAGUAGGCUGCUACACAGCACACAGUCAUUUACACACGUGGUGAAUACAAGGAUGUUAAUGUGAGUACAAAGGAGGUCUACAUGUAGCGUAGCUGUAGUGUACUUGCUGUAGUGUACUUGCUGUAGUGUACUUGCUGUAUUGCUAAUGUGGUUCCAUCGAGCUUAAAGAAAGUUACUCUGUAUGUCUCCUGGCUGUUGGAAGGGGUUAGCUGUACUUAUAUUGUACAUCUAUUCAUUUGAAUCUUGAAAGUAUCAAAGUUAUGUUUACAUCAAGCUGUUAUUCUAUUUUAAGUCUCUGAGUGUUGUUUUGACAGUAAAUCUGCACUUUAUUUAAAACUAGAUAUUUAAAAGUGUUGUCUUUCUUGACUAAUAUUGUCCUUGUUAAUCCUGCAGGAAUAAUUGUGUUAUGGCAUGUUUAAUGGAAAUAAAUAUUUGAAAAAAUAUAAUAAUAUAAUUAAAGUCCAAUGUUUCUUCUCUCUGCUAUUGAUUAGACAUUUGGCAUGAAUACAUGUACACUGAACCACGUUGUAUUGAGUGUUGUUCUAUUAAAGUCCUGACAUCUUCCA